CAUUCAAACAAAAUUCCAUUUCUUCUUUAUUCUUCAUUCUUCUUCCUCUAUUCUUCUUCUUCUGUUUGCUGUACUUCUAGUCCACCACCAAACUCUACAGCUAAAUCCUCUUCUUCCUCCUUCUCCACUCAACUCCCUCUCUUUACCCUUCUCCUUCUUUAACUUCAACCAAAAACAAAAAAAACGUGAAAAUACUUUGAUUUUAUUUCAAUGGGUAUUGCUACUUCUUCCUCUGCUCUUCUGUUCCACACCUUUCCCCUUUUCUCAAACCUUCUCAUAUUCCUUGCUUUCCCUCUGAAUAUUCAUCAUUUUCACUUUACUUUCCCAUUCCCAAUCUAAAUUAGAAAUCUCUAUUUCAACAUCACUAAAUUAGGGAAUCCCCUCUUCUUUUCUCUUUUCUUUGCUUUUCUUUCUGCAUCUUCCACGAUUUUGGAUCAACAUGAUCAAAGCCUUCGCUUCUAAUUUCAUACUAUCAGACUCAAAGAAUAGAUUGCGAAUCUAUACUUUCUUCGCUGCCGUAUUCCUUGGUGCUGGAGUUUAUUUCAUUGCAAGUGAAUUUAUUACAAAGGAAAUUUUUAGAUGGGAGGUAUUUUAUUCUGCCCGAAAUGUAAAAUCCAGCACAUGCAAGAAUCAAUGUAGGCCUCCUGGGAGCGAGUCUUUACCAGAAGGAAUCAUUAGUAAAACAUCUAACUUUGAAUUUCAGCCUCUUUGGGGAUCGUCUUUACAAAAUAAAAAGCCGAAGGCUUCCAAGAACUUAUUAGCAGUUGCUGUUGGAAUCAAACAAAGACAUGUAGUGUCAAGAAUUAUUGAAAAGUUCCCUCCAGACGAUUUUGACGUGAUUCUUUUUCAUUACGACGGUGUUGUGGAUGAAUGGAGGGAAUUUUCAUGGUAUUCUCGUGCACUACAUGUCUCUGCAUUGAAUCAGACAAAAUGGUGGUUUGCCAAGCGUUUCUUGCAUCCAGAUAUAGUUGCUGAAUAUAAUUAUAUAUUUCUUUGGGAUGAGGAUCUUGGCGUCGAAUAUUUUGACCCAAAACGAUAUGUAUCAAUCCUCAAGGAGGAGGGGCUUGAGAUAUCACAACCAGCUCUUGAUCCUGUUAAGUCCAAGGUGCACCAGCCUCUUACUGCACGCAAAACAGGAUCGAAAGUUCACAGAAGGUUUUAUAACUUCAAAGGCGCUGGACGGUGCUAUGCUAAUAGCACUGGUCCUCCAUGCACAGGAUGGGUUGAAAUGAUGGCUCCUGUGUUCUCAAGGGCAGGAUGGAGAUGUACAUGGUAUAUGAUUCAGAAUGACUUGAUCCAUGCAUGGGGCUUAGAUAGACAGCUUGGCUACUGUGCACAAGGUGACCGUACAAAAAAAGUUGGUGUCGUUGAUGCAGAAUACAUAGUUCAUUUAGGACUGCCAACGCUUGGUGCUUCCCAUGAUAAUGCGCUUUCAUUUAGCAUUAAGUUACCCAGUGUACAUUAUGGCACUAAACUGAACUUCCCAUUCGAGCAGCUGAGUUCCAAUGCUUUGUCCAAGAAAGAUUCGUCAAACUUAGAUGGAUCGGAACCCCAAGUGGAUAAUAGAGUGAAAGUGAGGAUGCAAUCUUCCUUAGAAAUGCAGAUUUUCAAGGAUCGAUGGGCUGAUGCCACAAAGACUGACAGAUGUUGGAUCGACCCUUAUCCGUAAUUACAGAAGUUAACCAUCGUUAUUUUGAUUGUUUUGUUUACAUACUUCUGAAAUAAAGCUGGAAGUGAAGGUGUUCCAGUCUCCAUUAACCGAGCUCAAACACAGCUUGAGCAUUUAGGCUUGGAUAAGAUUGAAGAUAUCUCAGAACGACUUAUACCCAACAAAUUCAAAUAACCAAGGAGGAGGCUUUUCCAUUUGGAAUUAACUUGCCCUUUUUUUACUCUAUACAAAAUAAUGUCUUCCAAAAGGUUGGUAAUUUGUUUAUUAUUACUAUUAUUUUUGGGGGGGAUUUGUUGAAAAUGCAUUAUAGUUUUCCUAGAAAUUAUAGUUUGAAAAUAUGAGGUUUUGUAAAAGUUUCCAUGUAAUCUGAAUAAAUGUAUAGUUUGCUUGUAUUGGAUAGUACUCGGUCUUGGUUAGAUUAAUUAUUUGUUAGGUGUUUGUUAUUC